AUGCAGCAUUUCUAUUAUGCUCAGGCGUAUGAGGAGCCAUUUGAGGGUGCCAAGUCCUCAACCACUGACCGGAUGCUGAGCGUGCCGAAACCGCAUUUCCGGUGUGGCAGUUUUGUGACCGUAGAAGAACCUGAAACGCACAGUGGGGAGGGGAGGGAGAAUGGUCGCCACCUGGUUCUCUUGACCUGCGUUAGAAAGAAUGGAAAGCAGACGCCAGCGGAAGACACCUUGAAGCUUGCUGAUCUGGACCUGAACUCCUCUGAGAAACAGAGUGGAGGAGCAAGUACAGCAAGCAAAGGACGCUAUAUACCUCCUCACUUAAGGAACAGAGAAGCAUCUAAAGGACUCUCUGAUAAAGACAGUUCAGGUUGGAGUUGCAGCAGAGAUAAAGAUGCAUAUAGCAGUUUUGGGUCUCGAGAAUCAAGAAGAAGGUCUGGUUGUUUCAGUGAUCGUGGAAGAUUUGAUGAUCGUGGAUGGAGUGAAUAUGAUGGUAUUGGCAGUCGUGACAGAACUGGCUUUGGUAGAUACGAACGGAGUGGACACAGUCGUUGGUGUGGCAAGUCGGAUGAAGAUGAUUGGUCAAAACCACUUCCACCAAGUGAAUGCUUAGAGCGGGAACUGUUUUCUGGAGGAAACACGGGGAUUAACUUUGAGAAAUACGAUCAUGUACCAGUAGAGGCAACCGGCAGUAACUGUCCUCCACAUAUUGAAAACGUAAGUUUUUUUCAGUGAUAUGACAUGGGAGAAAUUAUCAUGGGGAACAUUGAGCUUACUCGCUAUACUCGUCCUACUCCAUGCAAAAAACAUGCCAUUCCUAUCAUUAAGGGAAAAAGAGACUUAAUGGCUUGUGCCCAGACAGGUAAGUUCUGGAAAACGGCAGCAUUUCUUUUGCCCAUACUGAGUCAGAUGUAUACAGAUGGUCCAGGAGAAGCUUUGAAGGCUGUGAAGGGAAACGGAAGGUAUGGGCACAGCAAGCAAUAUCCAAUUUCCUUGGUUUUAGCCCCAACGAGAGAAUUGGCUGUACAGAUCUAUGAGGAAAGCCAGAAAAGUAAAUUUUCAUACCGAUCUAGAGUUCGUCCUUGUGUAGUCUAUGGUGGUGCUAAUAUUGGUCAGCAGAUUGGAGACUUAGAACAUGGAUGCCACUUGUUAGUAGCCACUCCAGGACGUCUAGUGGAUAUGAUGGAAAGAAGAAAGAUUGCAUUAGACUUCUGCAAGUACUUAGUGUUGGAUGAAGCUGACAGGAUGUUGGAUAUGGGAUUUGAACCUCAGAUACGUCGCAUCGUUGAACAAGAUUGCAUGCCACCAAAGGGCGUUCGUCACACCAUGAUGUUUAGUGCUACUUUUCCCAAAAAAAUACAGAUGCUUGCUCGUGACUUUUUGGAUGAAUAUAUCUUUUUGGCUGUAGGCAGAGUAGGCUCUACCUCCGAGAACAUCACACAGAAAGUAGUUUGGGUGGAAGACUUAGAUAAACGGUCGUUUCUUCUUGAUCUGUUGGGGGCAACAGGGAGGGAUUCACUGAUUUUAGUGUUUGUAGUGACCAAAAAGGAAGUGGAUUCCCUGGAGGAGUUCUUGUACCAUGAAGGAUAUGCUUGUACUAGUAUUCACGGAGACCGAUCACAGAGAGCUCGAGAGGAGGCCCUUCGCCAGUUUCGCUCGGGGAAAAGCCCAAUACUUGUGGCUACAGCUGUGGCAGCACGAGGCCUAGACAUUUCAAAUGUGAGACACGUUAUCAAUUUUGAUUUGCCGAGUGAUAUUGAAGAAUAUGUGCAUCGUAUUGGCCGUACAGGACGUGCAGGAAACCUGGGCCUUGCCACCUCAUUCUUUAGAAAAAAUGUGAACAUUGCAAAGGAUUUGUUGGAUCUUCUUGUAGAAGCUAAACAAGAAGUGCCUUCUUGGUUGGAAAGUGUGGCUUACAAACACCACUACAAGGGUGGCAAUCGUGGACAAUCUAAAAGAUUCAGCGGAGGAUUUGGUGCUAGAGACUGUCGACUGAGUAGUGGCUCCAGCAGUUCUGGCUUCAGUAGUAGUCGUGCAGGCAGCAGCCGCAGUGGUGGAGGUGGCUAUGGAGGCUUCUACAAUAGUGAUGGAUAUGGAGGAAAUUAUGACUUCCAGGGGUUGACUGGUGGGGCAACUGAAUCGGCUUCGCAGCAAAGUCACCAUUACAAACAAGCUAAUAUGGAAACCACAUGUAACUUAGCCAGACUGUGUCGUGUAGCCUCAAGAACUUGCAGUAUGUUACCAGCAGUGAUUGUCCUGAAAAUUCAAGGGAGCUCAAAGUCACAAGAAGAAAAUGAAAGAAAUAAAACAGCAGCCCUAAUCAGAAAUUGGUUUGAAGACUUAAUUGCUGUGAUUUGGAUUUAACUCUCCCCUCCUGCUUUAGUCCCACCCCAAACUGCAUUUAUAAGUUCGUGGCUAAGGAUCGUUUUGUUUGUUAACAUACUGUGACUUUAACUUUAGACAGCUUCCUACUUUGAUGUCCUGUUGGAUCAGUCAUGCUCACGAUACCCACUGUUUUGACAAAAUAAAUUUACUAACCUCGGCCUAAAAGCAAACCGUGGCACACAGGUGUGAUACAACCUCAACAGGAAUCAUCAAUUCAUCCAUGAAUAUAAACGGGGAAAAAACAAAACAAAACAAAAAAUCUUCAGACAGUAGCCUGCAUUCAGACAGCUUGAUUCUU